AUGUUGAAAGAAGCUGUCAGAGGUAAAUCGCAGGGGCGGUGUUAUGGAGUUGCACAAUUGGCGCACAAUGUAAGACAUGGAGUUAUCUUCUUGACACAUGUGUCAAUUAUAAACCCCAAUAGAGAAGCAGAUAACCAAGCCAUUGAGGUUGCCAGAGCUGAAGCUGAUACUGUUGUUGCACGUGAAGAGGAUGCACGGGCUAAUGAGCAGAUAUAUGAAUUGGCAAAGCAAUUUGAGGAAUUUAGGAAACAAAUGUUUGAUAUGUUUCAGUCUCGUCAUACGGGUCCUUCUAGUGCUCCUCCGAGUGAACAUUCUCAUUAUAACUUUUCGGAGGAUGAGGAAGAUGAUGUUGAUCCUGCUGUUACUGUUGAUGAUGAUGACGAUAAUGAUUAA